AUUCUGUCGUGUCUCAGUCUCACAUCCUCCUGCUGCGGUUUGGCUCAACAGGAUGUUCUUAACUUCGCUCUGAGACGGACGGACAGAACGGCUUCAGCUGCAGACGAGAUGAACGCCGCCGCCGCGCCGCCGCUGCUGCUCUGUUUAUCUCUGAGCUUCAGCUGCUGCCAGACGGUUUCCUGCCACGACGCGCCCCGUCUCUCCUCCCUGGUCGUCUCCCCCAACCAGUCUCAGUUCUAUGAGUACGGUUCUGUCUCCCUCAGCUGUGAGCAGUUUGGACCGGACGGAUGGACGGUGUGGAGACAAACCGCAUCGGGGUUGCAGGUGUCUCCAUGUUCUGUGUGGGGAAGUCAAACCUCCUCCACCUGCACCAUCAGCACCCUGAAGAAGACGGACAGCGGCGUGUACUGGUGCGAGUCCAGACACCGAGACAGCAGCCACACCGUCAACAUCACCGUCACCAUUGGACAGGUGGUCCUGAUCGGUCCGGUCCUUCCUGUGACGGAGGGAGAUGACAUCACUCUGACCUGUCAACAUAAGAGCGCUCCAGGUUCAAACGCUGAGUUCUUCAAAGACGGAUCCAAGAUGGCGUCUGAAGGUGGCCUGAUCCUCCGUAACGUCUCCAGGGCCCAUGAAGGAGGCUACACCUGUAGAGUCAACGGCGUUUCAUCUGAGACCAGCUGGCUGCUCAUCAAAGAUGUGUCCAAGCCGGCGUCUCUGAGCGUGAGUCCGGACUCGUCUCAGGUUCUGGAGUAUCAGUCCUUCAGUCUGAGCUGCAGCAGCUCGGCUCCAGGAUGGACCAUCAGACGCUUCUCUGAGAACACCAGGAAGACGUCCAGCUGUGGGGGGGACUGGGGCGUCCUGUCUUCCUCUGUCUGCAGGCUGCAGACGGCCAAGAAGUCUGACAGCGCCCUCUACUGGUGUGAGUCUCCCACCAUGCAGCGGAGCAACACGGUUCAGAUUACCGUGUAUGACCGACCGGUGGUUCUGCUGAUCCCGGCUCUGCCUGUGGCGUCUGGACGAAACGUUAAUCUGACCUGCCUGACCAGGAGCCCGUCUGCUGCCUCGGCUGAUUUCUAUAGAAACGAUUCCUUCAUCGGGUCGGGAUCCUGGUCCUUCAUCCUGAGAUCCGUUUCCACGGACGAUGAAGGUUCCUACAGCUGCAGGACGGGAGGCGGAGUCUCUCCGCCUGGCUGGCUGUCGGUCAGAGCUCCUCCAGAUCCAGAUCCAGAUCCAGAUCCAGAUUCUUCUUCUUCUUCUCCUCUUCGCUCCAUCCUGUGGAAAAUCCUCUACGCUCCGGUUUCCAUCUUUUAUUUCAUCCCCACCUGCGUCUUCAUCUACAAGCUCAGACACAGAGCCACAGGCUGGAGCCCAGCGGGCCGGACCAGAACCUCUGGACCCAGACGAGCCGCAGAAGAAGAAGAAGCAGCAGCAGGUGGAGACGACUAUGACGACGCCAUGGCUCCUGUCACCACUCAGCAUCAUUUCUGAAUCUGGUUUAAUCUCUGAACGUUUUCCUGUCUGUGUCGUUUGUUUCUAUAUAAUCUGUAUGAAGAACAAAGAAUAAAAUUAUUUUUUUAUUAGUUUCUUAACUUUCAUGGUUCAGGAAGGAAACUGAGGCCAAAACGUUCCUAGAAAUGUUCAUGUUCAUUAAUAAAUGCUUAAAGUUCAGUUUCAUAACUAAAUUAUGAAAAACGGUUUAACUUUGUGGAGCUAAAGGGAUAAAAACAGAACCGGUCCGGUCCAGGUGGACCAUCAGAACCAGUCUGGCUCCAGUCUGGUUGACAUCCAGUUUCCAGACUCAUUAAUAAUCCUAGGUAAUAUUUAUGCUUACUGUAACAUUUCCAAACAUAAAGAGCUUCAAUUAUUGAAUUAAAUAUCAAACAACUUAAGCAUUUUAGUUUUUCCUACUAAACAGAAUAAAUAUUUGGUGGGAUUAGAAUCUGAUUAUUGACCACAAACAAAUUCACAAAAACCCGAUUUGAUCUGAUUUCUGUAACGAUUUGGGAAUUAUUGACUUAUGGAGAGACAAACAUUAAAAUAAAUCAGUUUUCUUGGUUUAAAUCAGACGCAUUGAGCAGAUCUAGAAUAGAUUUAUGGCUGGGAACAGAUAAUAUUCUCAAACUAACAUCAGACUGUAAUAUGUCUCCAACUCACUGCAGCUUUAAUUUAUUAAUUAUUCCUUUUCCUGACAGUUUGAGACAUGAAGGGUUCUGGAAAUUUAAUGCAAAUCUUUUAAAAAUAUGAGCAGGAAAAUCAAAGAACUAGUGAAAAAGAUUCAAUAAUAACCUACACCUAAAAUAUAAGAUACAAGCUUACUCUGUAUCGUUUAGCAAAACCUUAAAGAAUCAAUGACCUGCAGAAGUAAAGUUAGUUAAAGAGUUAAACCUGUUGUGUGUUAAACAAUAAUAACCUUCUGACCUAAAAUCUAAAUUAGAUUCAAUCUGUGAAGGAAAAGAGAAAAACUAGUUUAUAUAGCAAGUUAAAAACACAAUCAGUCCCUUAUUAACAAACCAAACUGCUACUGGAAAAUUAAUUAGAAACUUUUAUCAAAACCUUAA